GUAAGAGCAGACGUGUGUCAGUCUUUGGGAUAUUUUGGCCCAUGUUCUGGUUUCCUGACCUCAAAGCGCUAAGGCAUGCGGCUGGGUGUGAUAUCUGCAGGCUUGCUGAGCUUUGCUGUGCUCUGCUCGUCACAGUCUUGCCUAAAGUCACAGGAAGAAAGUCGGAUUCACACCACAACGCAUACGGAAUCCGUCACUCUCUCUCUGCCAUCCAUGCCCACCACUGGAUUCUCAGAGCUCUCAUGGAAGUGGGCAGAUAAGGUGUUCAGGAUGAGGAAUUUGAGUAUUCCAAUAGAGAGCGACGCAGUGACUUAUUUUCCAAAUGGAACCUUGGUGCUGAGAGAGCCCAGUGUAAGACACAGUGGAAAUAUUGAGCUGGAGGUGUACAAUCACACUGGUCACUGCAUUUUCCGGGGCACUGUUACUCUGCAUGUGCAAGAUGAGAUCAGCUUUGGAGGGGUUUCUACCACUACUGUGAACAACUUUAGCAAGGAGAACAGCGUCAUGCCUAAUCCUCAGGGCAACACCUUAGUGACCCUAUUCUUGCUUUCGGCUUGUGGGAGUCUCCUCUGUGCUGUCAUCUUCUUUCUGGUCAUUCUGAAUAUUGUCAAACACGUCCAACAUGCAGGCAGAAAGAAUAGUCAACGAGGAGGAAGCUGCAUUUUUUUCAAUUCCAAACCCAAGAGAGAGGAUGAGUAUGUAAAUAUGGAGCCGGAUCCCUUUUCAGUAGUGAUGCGACAAACAGGACGUUGUUCUACGGAGCCAUUGCUGACCCAGAAUGCAAAGCAAGUGACUGCAGAUGGAGCUGCUGAGGCAGUUUAUGUUCCCAUGACUUAUAUGCUGAUUAAAGAACAGCCAGAAAUAACUCUUUAUGAGCCUCAGACCUCUAACCAAGGCACUCCUGCAUCAUCUAGUGCGGAGCCCAGACAUGAUGUUUAUGCUCAGAUCAACUUUCAGAGCAAGGAAAAGGGCUCAGCAAGAAGAGGCUUUUCUCCGUCAUUGGACAGCACUGCCAGUGACUAACGGCUGUCCUCCACGAGCCUUCAUGAGCUCUAGAAGCUACAGUCUUCCUGGUUGCAGCCUUUAAACCAGAGCACGAUUACAGUCACCUGUUAAACAUCAUCCGGUUUUAAAUCAUAUCAUUAUCUUCUUUGUAAAACUCACUUUUGGCCCUAAGUUGCCUCGCACCGACUGUCCUGGAAUGUGUUGCAGGUUCUCAACAGCAAGAAUGGAUGUAUAUUUACGAAAAGAACGAAGCCGACCAGACAAACAUUAAAUAUUUUGUCUUUAUACUGUUUUUGGUGGAUUAAGUCCAAGUGAACUUAGGUCACUGCUUUCUGUUAUUUGCAUUUUGCAUACUGUUAUUUUUUCUGAGUAGGGGUUGUAGAAUAAUGAGACUGAGUGUACAACGACUCAGACUUGGUUUUCUCUCUUUAUUUUGUUGUACUGCUACACUUCUACCAACCACAAGAAGCUGUGUACUGUAGUUCCCCCUUCUACUAAAUUUGUGGAGAGAGCUUUAUAUGCCUUUUGAAGUCUCUCACCUGACAAUUCAGUAUGUAGUUACUAGGAAUGAAACGAUUCGGUACGAUUCAGAAUCCGAUUUUCUCACGAUUUUUUAGCAGAAUGAGCUGCAGACAAAUUUAUUCCAAAAUAUUCCUUUAUUUAUCUUUCUAAACUGUGCAAAACGUGUCCUCUUCUUAACAGUGCAACUGAAAUUGAAUAAAAAAAUCUUCAAAUAAAUAAACUAAGGCUUGCAUGUGCA